CGUUCGUUUAGCCCUGUUAAGAGAGUUAGUUGAUCCCCUGUUCUCCGUAGCAUGCAACGUUGAAACAGACAACCAUCUCUCUCUCUCUCUCUCUCUCUCUCAAGAUGCAGAACACAGCGCUUGCUCUGUCUCCUUCUACGCCAUUCCCAAAACCUCGAAGCAGAGCCCUCCUCCCUCCCCGGUCCUCUUCGAUUCUCGACUCAUUGGCACCGAAAUCACUCGAGCGCGGGGCUUGUAGCUCCGCGCUCCUGCCCUUGAGGACGACUUCGCGCCUCUGUUCUGCCUCGCGACCCAAUGCGCUGGUCCCGGCCGCCUCUUCGCCUUCAUCUUCUCUUCUUUUUCCGAGACGGAAGGAAGAUAACAACAAGGCCAGGGCUGCUUCAGUGCCCGGAGACGCGGAGGAGGAGGACGACUCUGCGAAGCUGAGCCGGGUGGCGAGGACGCUGCGGCUCUGUGUCAUGUUCGGGGUUUGGUACCUUUUGAACAUCUACUACAACAUUUACAACAAGCAGGUUCUGAAGGCAUACCCUUUCCCAGCAACAGUCACAGCAUUCCAGUUUGGGUGUGGGACUGUGAUUAUUCUCCUGAUGUGGGCAUCUAGACUCCAUCCAUUCCCUAAGCUCACUCGAUCUCAGCUUGGAGCAGUUCUACCGCUGGCUGUGGCACACACAAUGGGGAACCUCCUGACCAAUGUCAGCCUUGGGAGAGUGGCUGUUUCUUUCACUCACACCAUCAAAGCUAUGGAGCCCUUCUUCACAGUUGUUCUUGCCUCUCUGUUCCUUGGAGAGAGGCCAUCGUUCUGGGUUGUUUCCUCCCUUGUGCCGAUUGUAGGCGGAGUGGUACUCGCAACUUUCACCGAGGCUUCAUUUAACUGGAUUGGUUUCAGCAGCGCAAUGGCUUCCAAUUUGACAAACCAAUCGCGGAACGUAUUUAGCAAGAAAAUCAUGGUUAACAAAGAGGAAGCAUUGGACAAUAUCAACCUCUUCUCGGUGAUGACGAUAAUGUCUUUCAUGUUCCUGGCUCCCGCAGCUAUUUUCAUGGAGGGUUUUAAAUUUACUCCGUCAUACCUGCAAUCUGCAGCGAGUCGAGGUUUGAACAUUAAAGAACUGUGUGUGAGAUCUCUUUUGUCUGGAUUCUGCUUUCACAGCUAUCAGCAGGUCUCUUACGCGAUACUACACAUGGUAUCGCCGGUCACUCACUCCGUCGGAAACAGUGUGAAGCGUGUGGUUGUCAUAUUCGCGUCAAUCAUCUUCUUCCGAACACCGAUUUCACCCGUCAGCUCCCUUGGGACCACGUUGGCUCUCGCCGGAGUCUUCGCGUACUCAAACGCCAAGAGGAUGAAGCCAAAAUUGAAGGUCACGUGAGGCGUGAUCAAAAUCCUAAGAAAAUCAUGGAGCGAUUCAUAACAAACUCAAA